AUGUCGAACGACGCAGAUGAUCUGCUCCUGGACUUUGCAGACUCAGGCGACGAAGCUGAAGAGGAGCAGAACGAUGGUCUUGUCAAAGAUCAAGAGGCUACUGGUGAUCGCGAAGGCGAUCGCGAUGCAAUGGAAGUAGACGGAGACGCCGCAACAAAGGGCGGCGAUGAAUCCGAUGCCGGACUGAGCGACAUGGAAGACUCUGAGGCGACAAAAGUCAAGGUUGAGAAGAUGCAGCUUGGAGGAGUCAAAGAUGUUCGAAGCGUGGCCAGCUUGAUGCAGACACUGGAACCAGUUCUUGAGAAAAUCGCACACUUUCGAUCGCAAGCCGCGACGCAAAACACCAACAUUGGAAACAUCGAAGAUCAUCCCGAAUACCAUCUCUUGACACAGUCGAACAGUCUUUCGACCCAGAUUGACGGAGAGGUUGCCGUCGUCCACAAAUUCAUCCGUGAUCACUACUCGACACGAUUCCCCGAACUUGAACGGCUGGUCACAACACCACUCGAGUAUGCCAAGGUCGUCACUAUCAUAGGAAACGGGCCGUUGGACUCGGAGAGUAUCAAAGCUCUACAAACUUCAACCGACAACCCUAUGGGAAUAACUCUCAAGUCUGUCCUCGAUGGACCCUCACUCAUGAUUGUGACAGUCGAGGCCACGACGUCCAAAGGUCAUGAGAUGACCGCAGAGGAGCUUCAGCGCGUUUACAAAGCGUGCGAGAUGGUUGUAUCUCUUUUCCAAGCCAAGCAGACGUUGGCAGAGUAUGUUCAGUCACGCAUGAAUAUCUUUGCGCCCAAUUUGACUGCUCUCAUCGGUUCCCUUACAGCUGCCCAGCUUCUCAACGCAGCAGGUGGGCUCACAGGUCUUUCAAAGACGCCUGCUUGCAAUAUCGCCAACUGGGGGUCUAAGAAGAAGCAAGCGGGACUGGCUACAAAUAUCGGUGUUCGGCAGCAAGGUUACCUCUUCAACUCAAAAAUGAUUCAGGAUAUCCCUAGCGACCUGAGAAAGCAGGCGCAGAGAAUCGUAUCAGCUAAGCUAGUCCUAGCUGCCCGAGUUGAUCGUAUACAUUCAAGCCCCGACGGGUCUACAGGAGAGGAGCUCAAAUCGGCAUGCCUCGAGCGCCUUGAGAAGUUGACAGAAGCACCUCCCAACAAGGGUCAACGUGCUCUUCCGGUACCAGACGACAAGCCAUCGCGCAAGCGAGGUGGACGACGUGCCCGUAAGGCAAAGGAGGCACUCGCCAUGACAGAUCUUCGUAAACAGCAGAACCGCAUGGCCUUUGGCAAGGAGGAGAGCGAGGUCGGUUAUGGCACUGGCGAAUCUACUGUUGGUAUGGGCAUGAUCGGACAGUCAAACGACGGGCGUAUUCGCGGUACCCAGAUCGACCAACGUACACGCGCCAAACUGGGUGCUAAAAGCAAGGGAUGGGGUGGAAACAGCACCGCGGGUGGUGCUGCCUCGUCUAUCGGUGGUUUUGGUCAAGCAUCCAACAUUGAUCUCAGAGGGCGUGGCUUGCGAGCUUCUGGUGUCGGCAGUACAGUUGGAUCAGCGACGGGUACAGCGUCAUCUCUGGCGUUUACCCCCGUCCAGGGUCUGGAACUCGUGGAUCCCAAGAUGCAGGCAGAGCUCAGCAAGAAGCGCAAGGCGGAGGAGGACAGAUGGUUCAAGGGCGGUACCUUUACUCAAGUUGGAGGAUCGUCGAACGGCAACGGGUUCAAGGUACCAGACCUUCCCGCAGCCAAGCGAGUCGAUACAGGAUCGACCAAAUCAGGUUCCUCAACGGCGAAAUAA